AUGACAACUCCAGGAACCACUUGCUCGUGGGAUAUUCCAGAAGAGCUUGCCUCUCAAUCUUCUCACCAAAAUCAGCAUGACGCAUUCACUGGGGACGAGCAUGCAACUCCUGCGCCAGAACCAGAGCCACAACGUCGAAGACAUUAUCCACUUCGACAAUGUCGAAUAUGUCUCGAACCCGUCGAGCCAACUUUCGAAGCUCCUACUGAGGGCAUAGCUUCAAUGCUCAAUCCGACACCUCGAGUUAUAUACACAUCGGAGGAUCCCGAAUUGGGCCGUCUGAUGCGACCAUGCAAGUGCAAGGGAAGCCAAAGAUACGUACAUGAAGGCUGUUUGGCAGCCUGGAGACACGCAGAUCCGCUUUACGGGGCACGAAACUAUUAUGAAUGUCCUACGUGCAAGUUUCGGUAUCAUCUACAGAGAAUGAAGUGGGGCCAUUGGAUUAGUAGUGCAUUCACACAAGUAUGUCUGACGCUGGCGAUAUUAUUUACGACGAUUUUCAUCAUGGGUUUCGUUGCGGAUCCGAUCAUUAAUUUGUAUCUGGAUCCGUAUGAAACGAUAGUUUCUCUGCCUUCCAUGAGAGGAACGGGUCCAGCUUUACAUGUCGAGGACACUGAGGCAAAUACUUGGACUGAGCAUUUGUUAAAAGGAUUGGCGUCUUUGGGAAUGCUCGGUUUUGUCAAGAUUUUCUUUGCAGUGUCCCCAUGGCAUUGGUGGAAUGUAAGACAGACCGGUAUGUUUGGUGGAGGCGGCGCUCGAGCUGGAACGGGUCGAAACCGUCUGGAGAAUAUCAGUUGGACUCUAGUCAUAAUUGGUGUCGGUGCCUUCUUAGUUACUAUCUGGAAAUGGACCCGCGGUUGGAGUAGAGCAGUGCUCGAAAAAGCUGGCGAUAACGUAAUUGAUGUUGGAGGCGAUGAUGCUGAUGACGAAGAAGAAGAAAAAGCGGCUGAACAAGCAGAGGUUGACGAGCAGGUAAACGAAGAUGCUGCUAGUGAAGAGCGACCUCCAACACCUGUCGAUUCCGAGACCAGGAAAACGCAAUGA